AUGAACGAACCACGCAAUAUUGAAGAUCUUCUGCAGUCGGGCUUUUUUACCACCUCGAGGGCCAAGACUCCCAAGCCAUCUGAUACGGAACCUCCCGCCGUUCCACCUCACGUCACCAUCGCCACUCGGAACUAUAACCCAUAUCCCGAGGUCCCUCGUUCUUUCGAUGCGCCGCUGAGAAUUUCCCGUCGCAAAAAUUACCCUCCCAAACCAAGCGUCGAAGAUGAGACCGAAUCGCUUCUCAAAGAACAUGGCAGCGUCGUCGCUGCGGCUGACGACGAGCCUCCCUCGCGGGGUGACUCUGAGCAGCACCCUAUCAUAAUGGAGGUGCACGAAUACAACCCUGAACGCCGCUUCGUCAUAGUGCCAAAGUCUUCCAGCGAAAAAGGAGAUAGCGACUCGUCUGACGACGCCAAAUCGCGGUCUUCCGACAGCUCACGUUCUGUAAAGAGCAGAGCGAACGGCGACUACGCGGCGAACACGACAAGAAAAUACAAGUCGUCUCGACUUGACGAUCAAGACAAAUCAGAGCGGCCCCCGCUCGAGAAGAGGAAGAGCAGACAGGACCUCCCUCGGAUCGAGACAGACAUCAGGGCGGAGGAGCCUCGUACCAGACGGCAUGAGCGAACCAAGUCAGCUACUCGCGUUGAGCAGCAGCCAGCCGAUUACUUCUCGUCUCCAUACGAAAAGCGUCAACCAAAAGAGACCUUGCUCUCUCCCCAGGUGAUCAAACAUGCAACAGGUGGUCGGGAGAAAGUCUACUAUGACUACUCUCAAGCCAGCCGAAAUGGAGCUCCGCGCCCCCAGCGAAGUCACUCGAACCUCGCAGACCAGAGGAGGUUCGACGACAAUUACACAAGGCAGACCUCGUCGAACCCCCCGCCAGCCAGGCGCUCGAACACGAAUGUGGAAUCGGCGAAGGACCCCAGGGACUCGUCGGGGGAAAGACUCAACGAGUCUGCGCGUUAUCAGCGUGAGCGUCCAGUGCCACGCGGUGAGCGACCAGAGAAGAAAGACCCGUCUCCUCCAUACGAGCAAGCGGACCGCGAUCGCGAUCGCCAGUCGAAACGGACACCGACUUACAAGCGCGACUCGCCCCGCCGCCGCGAUGACAGUGGCUCCAGCAGCAGUGAUUAUUCUCACACGCCGCGGACAGCAAACGCUCGGAGAAGGAGGUCUUUUGUCAAACAGGAGGGAAGAGACGUCCUGUUGAGUCCUGAGCAGGCGAGGCCAUCUCAGUCGGUCAGAUCUAGGUCUCGCGCACCGGCUGAGGCAGUCGGGCCUUCCCCGCGGGUUUCUGCGAAGUCUGUGGCCGAGGAUUUCCCUGCUGCGCCCCGCGCUUCGCAAACCUUUCCUAUCGUCAAGGAUUCGAGAGAAAGCGGAGAUGUCAGAGAGAAAACGACUCCUUACCCAGAGGAUGAUUUCUUGCCGAGCACAAGCCGUCUCAACAUUCGCGACCCUGAACCGACCUCGAGAGCUCGUUCGCGCUCUCGUGCGUCGACCUUUAACAACACGGUGGUGAUUCCAGCGGUCAUGCCGUCUAUGCCUGUUCCCGCUGGACCGAGAAGCCCGAAUGAGAAAAGAAGAUCACCAGAAAGGAGACCCAUCCUGCAACCUGCCGCGGUAGUUCCACCAGCGGAGGCGUGGCCCCCAGCCAAGUUUGACCCCGCAAAGAAUACUCUCGCCAUGGAUGGUCCGAGGGGCAGCUAUCGACGAUACUCGCAUGAUGCGGACCGAGGAGGUGUGCCUGACUUUCCUGAUUGCCCUCGGAAGAAUGGCGUUGUCGGCUACACAGACUGGCUAAGUCUGCCAAGAUGCGACAACUUCAACAUCUGCCCUGACUGCUACAAUGGCGUGUUCCUGAACACGGAGUUCCGGAACAGCUUCAUGCCCAUGCUCUUCCGGCCAAUGGACAAGCCGAUAGCUUGUGAUUUCGGCUCGUGUGGCUGGUAUCACAUCGCGUGGCUUUUGACGUUGAAGAAUCGCCACACAGACUUGCGCCUGUUCUACCAGGUUGCCAACGUCGCCAGCAAGGUCACUGGCAGUAGUCAGCCUUGCCCUGGUGAUCGUCGCGUUACCCGUGUCUGGUAUUCGCUCAGAGAUCCGUACACGCAGACCACCAUGCAGUCCUUCACUGUCUGUUUUCAAUGCGCCAAAACGGUCGAAGGGCUGCUCCCAAAUCUGACGGGUGUGUUCGUUACGCUCCAUCCUACAGCGCAGCCGACCAGGGGCACUUGCGCGAUGCACUUCCAUCCCGAUCGAAAGCGCUUCGUGAUGUACUUCGACGCUUUGGAGACGACUUCCGAUGUAGCGCUCGCCACGGCACAGGCACCCAACAUCGCCAAGCUCGUCAAGGACAUUGAGAGUCUCUCUGGAUACACCGAGUGCCACAAAGACAAUCCGGUGUUUGAUCAGAACUGGCAUGUGAUGCAGUUUAUUCCGCAAUUCACCGUUUGUGGUGAUUGUUUCGACGAUGUGGUUGCACCUCAUCUGAAAGAUGGCAACACCAUUGCCAGGAACUUUUAUGUGAAACCUCAGCGUCUUGAGGAUGCGACGUGCCAGCUUUACUCUACUCGAAUGCGAGCAGUUUUCGACAAGGCCUGCCGCCGCAACGACGCAAACUAUUUGGAGAGCAAGGUGAUGGAGCGGCAGCAGAAGUUUAUUGAUACGUACAGGCGGCUCCAGAAGCUGGAGCAGGAAGGGACCGUUUGGGCAAGGGAAGAAGGAAAGCAGAUCCUUCAACAUUGGGAGACAUGGGAGUAA